AUGUCGUCCAAGAUCAGCGUUUCCAGCGUGCGAGGUUCGAUCAAGACCCUUCUCGAAGAGUCGACCGGCGAGAAGAAGCGCAACUUUGUCGAGACCGUAAGUUGGGAGCGCUCCGCAGACCGAGUGGCCACCGUUCCCGGGCUUGAGAGCACGCACUCGCGCACCGCGGCGCCGUCUUGGAGGCAUCAUUCGCUGAUACGAGCACUCCGGGUAUCCCAUCACAGGUCGAGUUGCAAAUCGGCUUGAAGAACUACGACCCCCAACGAGACAAGCGUUUCUCGGGAACCAUCAAGUCAGUGGUCGCAUAAGCGUCGAGUCUCUACGGUCGGUGCGGUCGUGGGCCCGGCCGCCCGUCGUCGUGCCUGGGCUCGUUUUUUUUCGCGGGCGCUGCGACCGCGCGUGCGCGCGUGCGGGUCGCGGGCGGGUCGCGGGCGGGCUCCUCUUCUCGGCCGAGGCAGCCGCUUCGACACCCUCCGCCCCACGCACCCCGCCCUCGUUCAGGCUCAACACACCCACCUCAAAUCUGUGAAUGUAAAUGCUCACCCGUAUGCUCACCCGUACCCCUCCCCCACCCCUCUCAGGCUCCCCCACCUGCCCCGCCCUCGCAUGUCGAUCUGCAUUCUCGCCGAUGCGGCCGACAUCGAUCGCGCCAAGCUGAUCGAGCUCGAGUACAUGUCCGUGGACGACUUGAAGAAGCUCAACAAGAACAAGAAGCUCGUCAAGAAGCUCGCGAAGAAGUACGACGCCUUCCUCGCCUCCGAGGCCUUGAUCAAGCAGAUCCCUCGUCUGCUCGGCCCCGGUCUGUCCAAGGCCGGCAAGUUCCCGACCCCCAUCUCGCACGCCGAGGACCUCGGCAACAAGGUCUCGGACGUGCGCUCGACGAUCCGCUUCCAGCUCAAGAAGGUCUUGUGCCUCGGCGUCGCCGUCGGCCACGUCGAGAUGUCGGACGACCAGCUCGUCGCCAACACCAUGUUGGCCGUCAACUUCCUCAUCUCGCUCUUGAAGAAGAACUGGCAGAACGUCAAGUCGUUGACGCUCAAGUCGUCCAUGGGCAAGCCCCACCGCAUCUUCUAA